AAGUCCCGCCUCACAAGUGACUCUCCCCGGCCGGGACUUGAAGGUCUAAUAAAUAAAGGAACUUCUCUGUGUGGAGGAGGCAUUGCGGAGUUUGAGUUCAUUUUCGAAAUCAUACAAGGCGUAUAAAGCUUGUCAGAUUGUCUCAACGCUACGCGCCCAGUGAGACGUCACUGUUUGUUUUCCCUCAAUUCCGACCACCAAACUUUCACCCGGUCGGGCGGCAGCAUUGAGCUCACCAUGGCUGGGGAAGGCUCCGACCAGCGGGCGCUGCAGUAUGAGCAAACUCUGAUGUAUGGGCGCUACACCCAGGAGUUGGGGGUGUACGCUAAAGAAGAGGCAGCUCGAUUGAGGGAGAGUGGGCAGAGGCGUUCGGUCAGUGAGCGAACCAGAAACUUGGACCUGCUGGAAUAUGACAAAGGACGCUGUGCCAAAUGUCGCAUAUGCACAGUCCGCUGCCAGAAGUUCCUGAUCUCGAGGGUCGGGGAGGACUGGAUCUUCCUUAUCCUGUUGGGUCUCCUCAUGGCAUUGGUUAGCUGGGUAGUGGAUUUCUGCAUUGCCAUCUGUCUUCAAGCACAAAAGUGGAUGUAUGGUGGCCUGGACAGUAAUGUUUUCCUGCAGUACCUGGCUUGGGUCACAUACCCUGUAGUCCUCAUCACCUUCUCUGCUGGCUUCACUCAGAUUCUCGCGCCGCAGGCUGUUGGUUCAGGUAUUCCAGAGAUGAAGACAAUCUUGCGAGGUGUGGUGCUGAAGGAGUACCUUACCUUCAAAACCUUUGUGGCUAAAGUCAUCGGCUUAACCUGUGCCCUGGGCAGUGGAAUGCCACUGGGCAAGGAGGGUCCAUUUGUCCAUAUCGCCAGUUUGUGUGCAGCUCUCCUCAGCAAGUUUAUGUCUUUAUUUGGAGGAAUUUAUGAGAAUGAGUCAAGGAACAUUGAGAUGCUGGCAGCAGCCUGUGCAGUGGGAGUAGGCUGCUGCUUUGCAGCCCCAAUUGGAGGUGUCUUAUUCAGUAUUGAAGUAACAUCUACAUUCUUUGCGGUGAGGAACUAUUGGAGAGGUUUCUUUGCAGCUACCUUCAGUGCCUUCAUCUUCAGAGUACUUGCUGUUUGGAACAGAGAUGAAGAGACCAUCACAGCCCUUUUUAAAACUCGGUUUCGGCUAGAUUUCCCAUUUGACCUCCAGGAGCUUCCUGCUUUUGCUGUCAUUGGCAUUGCCAGUGGUUUUGGUGGAGCUUUGUUUGUGUACCUGAACCGUCUUAUUGUCCAAUUCAUGAGGAAUCAAAAGGCCAUCAAUAGAUUCCUCAUGAAAAAACGUCUUCUGUAUCCAGCACUGGUUACUUUACUAGUUUCCACGCUAACGUUUCCACCUGGCUUUGGACAGUUCAUGGCUGGCAAGCUCACCCAGAAGGAAUCGCUGGUGACAUUGUUUGAUAACCUCACUUGGGCCAAACAGGGCAUUGCUGAAGAGUUUGACUACAUCAGACACUCUCAAGCCUGGCAACAUCCGCAGGUCAACGUCUUUGUCACGCUUGUUAUCUUCAUUGUCAUGAAGUUCUGGAUGUCUGCCCUGGUCACAACUAUUCCAGUACCCUGUGGGGCCUUCAUGCCAGUAUUUGUUAUAGGGGCAGCAUUUGGUCGUCUGGUUGGUGAAAGCAUGGCAGCCUGGUUCCCAGAUGGCAUAAACACAGAUGACACCAUCUAUCCCAUUGUACCAGGAGGCUACGCUGUUGUUGGUGCAGCAGCAUUGUCAGGAGCGGUCACCCAUACAGUUUCCACUGCAGUGAUUGUGUUCGAGCUGACUGGGCAGAUCUCUCAUAUCCUGCCUGUAAUGAUAGCAGUGAUUCUCGCCAAUGCAGUGGCACAAUCCCUGCAGCCCUCCCUCUACGAUUCGAUCAUCCGGAUCAAGAAACUACCUUAUCUCCCAGAGCUAGGAUGGGGACACCAUGAGAAGUACAAUAUUCGUGUGGAGGACAUCAUGGUGAGGGACGUGCGCUAUAUUACACUCAACUGCUCUUAUAGAGACCUGCAUAAUGUCCUGCUGACAGGCAACCUCAAAACUCUGGCACUGGUGGAAUCAGCUGCGUCCAUGAUUCUCCUGGGCUCCAUUGAGCGUGCUCAGCUUCAGUCACUGCUCUCAAUGCAGUUAGGGCGCCGUCGACGCCUUGAGUUCAUCAGAGAGCGGGCAACAGCAGAGAAGAAGCGCCUGUCUGUUGUCUCCACCAACUCUGCCUGUGAAGAUAACCACCAGAGAACAAGUCAGGAGGUCCGCUUCCAGAUCUCAACUGAAAAAUCAUCAUUCAGUCCUACACAUCCAGUUACUCAAAAGCCCCUGAAACCUGCUCUAAAAAGACCCUCCGUAGUGGAGCGGCCCACUGAUAUCCCCAUCGGCUCGCAGGAUCAUUCGAGCAACUCUAGUCUAAAGAACUUGUUUUGUGUCAGUCCAGAUGCAGAAGUAAUGGAGGAUGAUGGUGAUGUGGAAGAUGAUAUGACGAUCAGAGAGAUUGCAGAGUGGGAAGAGAUGCAGCUUGAUGAGCAGGUCAACUUUAACAAUUGCAAGAUUGACCCUGCCCCAUUCCAGCUCGUGGAGCGCACGUCAUUGCAUAAGACCCACACUAUAUUUUCGCUGCUAGGGCUCGACCACGCCUAUGUCACGAGUAUUGGGCGUCUCAUCGGGGUGGUUUCCCUGAAAGAGCUUCGCAAAGCAAUCGAGGGUUCUGUGACGGUGAAAGGCGUGAAGGUGCGUCCACCUCUGGCUAGCUUCCGGGACAGUGGGACAAGCAGCAGCGAGAAUGAGGCUACAGAGCUUCACAAGCUAUGGGAUCACCAAAAGAGCACAUCGCUGCCCGGUGAACUCACCCCAUCCGAGUCCGAGGAAAAGUCCCAGUAAUGCCUGUAAUAGAGGGAGGAAACAUCAAAGGGGGAUUUGCCGACGUCCGGAACUAAAUAGUGGAAAGAGUUCUACUGCUCUGCCAAUCUUCUUUUGUCAUCCUCCCACACUGUUUCCAAAAUUCUACAGGAAACUCACAAGCUCUAUUCCAGACACUCUACAGAGUAGAAUACAUCACAACCUGUGCCCUCUCAUGGUCAAGUUUUUUUUUUUUUUUUUUAAGGGAUGCUUAUGCAAACGUCGUUUGGUUCAUAUAUCUCAUAUUGUCGUGAGAAUGGUGACCCAGUCUUCCAUUUGGUCUUCCAUUGUAGGUACUGUAAGUAUGAAAGCAGAGCUGAUACUGUAUGCAUGUUUGCUUAGGGAGGCAGACAUGCUGUAUUUUUGUUGUUGUAGUUGUUGUUCUAUUGUCUCACUCUACUUUUUUUCUUUUUUUUAAUGGCACUAUUUUUCACACUGGAAAGGUGAAUUGUUGGCGUUCUCACCACUACAAGAUUAUGAACGACGCAAGCUGUCAUGCCCAAGUUGAAUAAUGUACACUCCUUUCCCGUGAGUCGCCACAGACAUAUGGUACACACAAACAUGACUGCGGCAAUGCUCUGUCUUUCAUCUAAAUAUAGCUCUUACCGAUCGCCGACGGUUGAGAGGACGAUAAUGGGAGGAAGUGACCAAGGGAGGGAGAGAAUGAGUAACAGGAAAUAAAUGGACGGCGGUAAGAUUGAACCUGUCAUAACGCAACGAGGUGCUCGAAGCCUCCCUAUCUAUCCAUCUUUGAUCACCAUAUUAGCUAACGUCCAUUACUAUGUGAAGGCCCCACCCUAAGAUACAGUAUAAGACAUGAAGCAGCUCACUGAAUACAAUCGAAGUUGAAACACUAAAUGAAAUCAAUAAGUAAUCAAUGGAAAAAUUUUGUAAGUUCAUUUAAAAGAAAAAAAAAUCACCUUUCAUUGCCACUAAAUUAUUGCUCCAGCUAUCAGCAUCAAUGUUUUGUCAGCAUGAUUUCUGACAUGGUCUGUAAGUAAUGUGUAUUUAAUAUUUAAUGUGGGCCAAAUGGAAAGAAAACACAGAUUUGUCUUUCUUGUCCUCUAUGGGAAGGACAACCCACAAAAAUGUUGUUGUUGUCAACAAUACACGGUUGUCCUCCAUACCGUAAUUUUCGUUUGUUUGCUUGUGUUCAUGGUGGCCACUGAAGGCAAAACACCAUCAGUGUAGAUUUGUAUGUGAUGAAGUGUGCUUACAGUAUUUGAUUGGCGUACUCCGUCCAUCUAAUCAGCUUCAUUUUCUGAUUCAGAAAUCGUCCGAUUUUUUUUAUUUUAUUAUUUUUUUUAAGAAGCAGGUGUUUGUGGUCUAACAUUUUGAUACUCUAAGAUGAAAUCGGAAUUUUUCUUACCCAAUCCAUAAUAUUUGACUGUUCUUUUUUUAAGAGUCUUGGGUAGUUUUAUAUUAAAUGGUCUAAUUAUUUUAAUGUUCUGUUGUCUUUUGAUGUACUGUACAAAAAUACCUGUGGUUGCUGAUCAAAUGGGGCCAUCGCGCUGGCAGCUCAACCCGUUAUUGUUUAAUAUUCCCGAUGCCAAGAAAAGCUCUUUUCGAAGGGACCAGCAUGGUUUUUGUCUGUGUGUGUGUUUCUGUGUGCGUGUGUGUGUGUCUGUUUUUGUGCAUGUCCGUGUGUGGGUCUGUGUGUCGGUGCUCUUCACGUAACAGUAGUUGACUGUGGAUAUGAUGGAGGAGUUAUGUACAUGAGUUACUUCACAGGUGGGGAGACUCCUCCAAGAGUUGCACAAAUAGACAAAGCAGCCAGUGUCUUACACGUCAACCACAGAAACUCCAAAUCCACUAGCAGGUUUUAUUUUAUUUUUGAUUCUAUUUUUUUUCCCAUUCAAUGCAUUAAACACUGCAAAAAAUGCUAAUUUUACCAAGUGAAUUUCUUUUUUUAUUUUCAACUGAAAGCGUCUUAUUUUAGGACAGAAGUUUUCAGCAAGACAAAAAAAUACUGGUUUAUAGAACCAAAAAAAAUCUGCCAAUAUAACCCACACGAAUUGACCUAUUUUAAUGUCUCAUUUUGUGUGAAAAAAAAAACUGCCAAUGGAACUAAUUUAACCUGAAAAUACACUUAAAAUAAGAUUUAGCAUCAACAAAUGUUUUUCUGCUGUUGAAAACUUUGAAAACAGGAAAAUCUGUCUUAAAAUAAGUAUGUUUUCACGAGAAACAAGAAAUUCACUUGGUAAGAUUUACUUUUUUGCAGUGUAGUGUGCUUUGUUAGCCUUAAUCUCGUAAACAUUCAACUACUUUUCAUUUGACCACACAGAUGCAGACAUCGAUAGAUGUGUAUUGAUUAGUCGGGAGUAAUCAAUCAAAGUCGGUCUGGAUUGUUUUAUUGUUUCCAUUUCUUAUGGAUUAUCUACACGUAGAUAAUCAAAUUGUGUAAUAACUUGUGCAUCUCACGUAACCCUGUUUUGAUCGAUGACAUGAAUGCCAAGAUAACCUUAUUUUUACUUUUGAAAAAAACAAAACUUUGAAGUGUAAGAAUAUAUAGCAUUGGCAGUGAGCCACACAUGAGCUUGUGACCAAGUUUGACAAUUGCAAGGAGUUUCCUCGAACCUUUAAUAAUACCAGUAAAGAUGUUACUAAAAUCAACAUGUAUAUGACUGUUUUUAAACUUUCAAGUACGUUGCAUGUAUAAAUACACCAGAUUGGCAAAAUGUGCUGAUGCCUUCAUCUCUUCGGCGCUGUACAACACUCCACUCCAUUGGGAAUACUGUGGACGAGUUUUUGGAGUGAAUCUGUGAUAGUUGAUGAAGAGGUCUUUCCCAGGACUUCUGUCCAUUAUAGUAGUGUAUUGCAGUACCAGGUCUUUGGGGAAACAGUCAUGGUUUGCUUUUAUAUUAUAGGACCUUUGGUUACACGUCCUGCACAAAGAGUAGUUGACACGCUCACACAGUGAUGGAUUUUUUUUUUUGUCAUGGUCCAGCCAAAUUCUUCCUGAAGUCAGCUGAUCUUUGAUUUAAACGUACACAUGAGUUUUUUAGAGGAAUCUUAAAUCCACCAUUUCAGGCUCUUUGGGAGAAAACACACAGAGCGAGAGCAACAAUAUCCAGAGAUAUUUUUCACAAUGGAAAAAAAAAAAGUUUUGUAUAUGAGGGAUGA